AUGUUUCGUUUCUUUCGACUUGCCACAUGUUGCCUUCUCGCCCCUAGCAUUUCUGGGUGGUGGACUAAUACCGACAAACCGGUUGAGCCACCGAAUGCAUGGGAAGAGCCUCGAAAGUAUGCGCAGUGGAUGUACAACCGCACCAUGGACGGCUGGAACAACACCACCUUUGGCAACCUUUUUGACUCCACGGAAUAUCUAGCUGGAUGGUCCUCAGCUAGUUGGGAUGGCUGGGUUUGGACGCUGUUGGAUUCCAUAGUGAGCACGUUAGGCUGGCUGGUUUUCGGAAAGGCAUGGACGCAGGUACGAAGUGGUUUUGCUUUGUUGAUCAGGGUUGGAAUUUUCUUAGCCAUUUGCAUUGUGAUCCACUACCUGUUUGCUAUGUGCUGGCCGAUUGUUUCCAUAGUGGUGGGCAUCGCGGUCACCUUUAUUUGGAUGGGCCGAACCACCCUGAAGUGUUGCGGGAGGGUCAUGUACGCCUUGCAGCGACUCUGUGGCGGAGUUCCAGAGGCGGCAGACGCUGUUUUCUUUGGUCCAGGAACUGGAGAGACACCCGAAACCGCGGCCUUGCGGAAGCUGAAGAAGGGAUCAGAUGGCGAGCGAUGGAUCGUUGUUCGACAGGAUGGUCACACUGCCGUCUUCCGCAUCAGCGAUGCCACGAGUAUCAAGUCUUCUGGCCUCUACGUGAAUCACGAUGUGGAGACCUUGCGAGGUGACGGGCCCUUGGUCGCAUGCUUGAAGGGCCAUGACCGCCUUCAUCUGUGCAGGAACGAAGUCUGCAACGAGGAGGGCCAGCACUUCAAGGAGUACGCCAUUGUGAAGCAGUUCAAUGCGGAGAAGUUUCAGCUGGCUGCGGCAACGCAGGGUGCGCAGGAAGCUGGGGCUGUCUUUGUCCAGUGGUUUGGGCGAGGGGCGUCGAAAGCAGCAAAGCGAGUCCGGGACUAUGCAUCUGAAUCCGAGACAGAAACUGUUCGGUGCUGCGCCGAUCGUAUCUGGUGGGAAGAGGCGACAGGUCGUAGGUGCUUAGCAGAACGCGCGUGUACAGCUUCUGAUUGUACAGAUGCUCAGCUUCUUGCAGAGGACGUUCCGGUAGGUUUGUCUAGCUUUCCACUGUGCCCCAAACAUGGAAUUGAGUAUUUCAAAGGUAGGUUCCAACUUAAGUGUGUCAUGGCUGAUUGCACGCACCUGGGAACUGCUGGAGACGGAGGGAUUCGACUUUGCCAAGAACAUGCUUGCGAGCCUAGGCAUGCGAGCACGAGACGGUCUUCACGGUCGAGGUCUAGAGCCAAAUGCGAGAAGGGUGACGAUCCCAUGGAGGAGGAAGAGAAACCACGCAGUUCACUUCGGCGUCGCCCCCGGGCCCAUGUGGAUGAUGGAGGCCAGACCGAUGUGGAGGACUUGCUGGACGAUAUCCGCCAGGACGACGACUCCCAAGGAAAGCCCAAGGAGCGUGCACGGCGGCGUGCCUCGCCUGGACAUACACCCAAGUCGGGAGUGCAGCGUAGUUUGGCCAAGCUUGGAAUGGUCAAUUCCCCCGAUCGCAUGACCGUCCAGACUACCCUUGAAGAGUUCAUGGAGCAGUACGUGGAUGGCAAGGAGCUUGGCCUUGACGAGGAGGACGUGCGCAAUCAGCUGGAGCAGCGCAAAGGGACGAAGGGCCUUACCAAGUUUUUGGCGAAGUGGAGGAAGCAGUUGGCUGCAGACACGCCGCAAAGCUCAAUGACGUCUUCUUGGAGCUUGAUUGGGACCCCACAGACCGAGACGUCUACACCAGAGAAGGCUCGUGAGGACGUUCUGAGUAGCCCUGCCGAGGUGAACACCGAGACCGUCAAGCAGCUGGUGAUGCUACCACCUCCUGGAAUUUAUGGACAAGAGGACCGGAAAGCAGGAACUGGAGGAGGGUCGGAACCUAUGGCAGAACUGGCUCGCGCCAUCCAGCAGCAGACUUCGGAGUUGGCGACUUUGGUCAAAGCGCAGAAUGAGACCACAGCAGCACCGAGUGGGUUGAUGAAGUCUCUUGGAAGGGCAUCGGAAGAACUUGUUUUCCUCCUUCGAGCUUGUGGUCAGUACACGGUGGAGAUUGGAGAAGGCGAGUAUGGUGCCAACCUUGCGCAAGCCCUUUUGUCAGCACAGGCUAGCGCAUCAACAAAACUCCGAAGCGCUGCAUGGGUUCAGGCAGAAGGUGACUACCAGGAGGCUUUUGCAUUGUCAGCGGCUGACUUCGUGGCGUGCAGCGAUGCGGAGCUCGACAACUUCGCGAUGGAGAGCCGCACUGGCAAGGUGAUCAAGGAGCAGCGCCCUGCGAUGCCUACACGUUUUGAGGAGUGGCUGAACAGGGUCAAGAGGCAGAAUGACAUAUGGGCGCUGGUGUAUGGAAGGGAGUGGAAACCUGUCAGAGACCACACGGCCGACCUUCUUGGCUCAUGGCACACUCAGGCACCGCACAAGUGGCCCUUGCAAGUGAUCAUUGAUGUUUGGGAAGAAUUGCACUGGAAGUUUGUCGAAGAACUCAAGUCAGAGCUGAGGAAGAUCAAAGCCCUUAGUGGACGUGAGACCAUGCAGCUCUCUGACCUCAAGUUCUACGCCCUGAUGCCGGAUGACCAAGGGAAGCCACCACUGCAGCUUCCACGGACAUUUGAUUUGAAUCACCCAGAUGGGUGGUUUGCUACGGAGGUCCUCCCACGCAUUGAGCGUCGCCAAGAACGUUUGUUGUGGAAGUUGACGUGGGAGGGGGCCACGAAACAGCGAGGAGCCAAUGCUGCAGCAGGAGGAGCCACUACACCGAAAGGAGGGGAUUCCUCUCUGUCAGUGAAGAGCCUUCUGGGGCCCAAGAUGACCACGGAGGAGACGAAUCGUGCAAAGGAUCGAGCUCCUACAGCAGCCGAUGGCCGUCUUCUUUGUUGGGGCUAUUUGACGCAUUUGGGAUGCAACCAACAGGGAUGCCAGCGGGCACAUGAGAACCUCAAGGGCACCUUCGAGAGCUUGGAUCCAGCUGUGAGGAUGCAGCUGCUUCGUCGAGGAGGCUUGAAACGCAUGAAGGUGGAGUCCAAAGAGAGCGCAGCUGAGAAGAUCAAGGAGCUCCGCGCGCAUGUGACAAAGGAUAAGGCAGCGAAGGUGCAGGACGGCCAAGACAGACGCAGAGCUGGAACGGAUCGCACUGGGAGCGGCGCUGCUGAGAAGAAAACAGAGGAAGCCGAGUUUGCGCAGUUGGUGGCUGGGCCGAACCCAAAGAUGCUGGAGCACAUCAAAGCUAGCAGCCAACCUCACGAAGGCCGGCUCGGAGAGACAGCACCUGAGGAUGCACAACGUCUUCUACGAGAAGCACAACGUCUUGCUGAUGGACCUGUUCUCUCAGCCCUCAAAGACUCCAGUGACGAUCUCUAUGCGUGGGCUUCCACGCCUGUGGCAAAUGACCCCAGUGUGACGCUGGUUGAUUUGAUGGGAGAAAUGAACCAGUUUGGCUUGGGGGAGCUGGCUGCCGAGGCGGCACAGAUCCUGGAGGGAAUCAAUGAAGGAAAGGCUGGCCAAGGACGCAGGUGCAAUGUUGGCGUUACGCAUUGGGAUGGAGAUGGACCAGGACGUGUACAAGUCGAGAUCGAUGGUACGUGUUGGGCGAUGUACGACUUCAAGGAGGAGGUCUUCAUGACGGAGGAGCUGGCGGGCCUUAUUGGUGCAGUCCACCCGGAGGUCGAGAAGAGACAAUGCGUGACGAAGGUUCUCGCGGCAGGGUGCCUCAUGGCCAAGGAGGAGAAGGUACCAAGCAUGAAGGCUGUGGAGGAGUUUGCACAAGGCCUGCGGCUUGAACAGGCGAGACUGGCGGCGGAUGCAGAGUCUAUGAUGGGGCAUGCAGAACCCGAGCUCCGCAUGUACACCCACGACAUCCUGAAGCCGCACCAUGACAAGGACUAUCGAGCGAUAGCCGCAUUUCCUGUCGAAGCUCUUGGGAAUCGUGUUGCGGGUGGACUACAAGGGCGAUGUGCUCACCGAGAUCAUCCAGGGAACACAGUGGAGGCGGCGUUGAAGUGGCUUCAACAACAGGUACAGCCGUCCACUACGCCAAGCAGUCCUUCUGGUCUUGUGCUGAAAGAGUUCUUCGCUGGGCAUGGUGUCAUCUCCUCCGGGUGGAGACAAGCGGGGGAGGUGGCUUUGGAAGAGGUGGAGCUGUACGAGGAGGUGGACAACGACGUCUUCAAUGUGGAGUGGAUUGCAUGUCCGUGCACAACCUACUGUGAUUGGAAUCUGCAAAAUGGAGGAACCCGCACAUUUCAGCAACCGAUGGGCGAGCCAACGGAGAAGGAAGCAAUGGGCAAUACGUUGUCGAACUUUGGGGCGUCCUUGUUCGAGCGAGCUCUUCGACGUGGCCAUUUUCCAAUCGCUGAAAGCUCUGGCCUUUCUGGGAGAUACCCCAAGCAGUGGCAUUUGCCAGCAUGGCAGCGCAUUUUGCAACGCCCUGACGUGGACUUCUUGGAGAUUGACAUGUGUGGAUACGGCCUUGCCCCGGCAGAUCAACAGGAUGGACGGCACUUUUACCGCCACCGCACGGGCCUGGCGUUUCCGAGGCAUUCAGGUUUUCGCACAGCGCUUUUUCGACUUUGUCCAGGACUUUCACCAACUCAUCAUCACGUUCCCCUGAAGGGUGCCCGGCCGGGUGCUGAUGUGACACGCUGCACAGAAGCGGGGGUCUACGCCCCGCAGUUUGUCCAGGUCAAAGCUGGAGGGGUAGUGCAGAGUAGAGGUGAAGGAGAACGACAAGGUCCAGGGCCUGAUGAUGGUGCGAGCAGUGGUGAUCAGACGAGCAACGACGAAUGUGGUGAGUCUGAAGUUGAUGAGCCAGACAGCGAAGUGAGCGAUGGAGAAGGGACGAGGAUCAAUGAUGGGUCCAGGAUGGCAUGCUGUGCAUCGGCGGCCGAGAAGGUUUGCAAUGCUACCGUGUGGGACUGGAGCCCUUACUUCCCGGCGCAGUUCAGGAGAAUGCGAAGGACCUUUCCAGUGUGGUGGGUAGGCACGACAGUCUUCCUGUUCCGCGACACCAGCCUCCCCGCGCAGUUUCCCUUUGAUCCGCCUCUGGGUACCCAGCGAGACGACACGAAUGAGGAUGAAGAACGUGAUGGAGGAGCCACUGAGGAAGGGAGGGAAUCCUCCCCUGCUUCCGUGCCAACGGAGCCGAGUGAAGGUGAGCAGCGAGACGGCAGAGUAGGGGGUGGUGGAGAGUGUUCGGAGCGAGCCACCUUAAAGAAUGCCAAGCUCAACGAGUAUGCCUUCACCCAGACGAUGCGGUCCGAGGCCACCUUGAGGAAUGUCAAGCUUCACAAGUACACCCUCAUUCAGACGGUACAGCGCAGAGAGGUGACAAAGAACGUCUUUGCGAUCAAGAAUGCCCUGACCUCGAAGGUAUGGCUGCGUAUGACGGCGGGAACGAGUCUUGUCAUGGUUCGAGCAACGGCGGAGGUGGACAUUGUGAUGGCGGCGAUCGUACAGCCGGAGGGUCCAUGUGGACCGAUUUUGCGGCCGAAGGUUUUGGAUCAGAGGUGCACGGGGAGCGUAAGAAAACGCUGCGAAAGCCUUAUGGAUUGCGCGGGAGUGUAUCAGCAGCUCAUGAAGGAUGUCAGCAAGCACAGGGUUUUGGUGGUCAAUCACUUGCACCCGGGGCUGCAACAUGCGGUCUCGUCACCUUUUGAAGCGGUUCCCAAGAUGCUCCCCAACCGAACUUUGUCCUCGGAGGUGCGCUUGGUGCACGACCAACGUUUGGUCAAUGCCGGGACAGACAAGGAUCUACAUCCCCCAGCCGUGCAGCCGCUCCACCAACAGAUCAUCCGCCACAUCUUGUGGUUGAAAGCAAGAUACCCAGGAGUCAAUGUGGUCAUGGCCAAGAAGGACGUGGCAGGGGCAUUCAGGCUUUUGUGGGUUGACCCAAGGGAUGUGGAACUAUUUGGAGGUGAUCUUCCGUGGGAGCCAGAGUCAAUGGGCAGCGGCAGGGGCACAGCAAAAGCGGGGGAUCCCUCAGGGCUGACGUUGCUCUACUUGGUGUCGAGCUUUGGUUUCAGUGGAUCCCCAGGCGAAUGGACGCUGUGGGGCAGAGCAACUGAGGAGCUUCACAGGGUUCAUGCACCUGUUGAUGCGAGAAGGAACUUCGACGGCAAGAUCUUGGUGGACGACAUGGACGCUGAGGAGGGGAUCUACGGCCCGGAGCAGCUUGUAUGGGGCGUGGCCAUCAACACGGAGACUGAGCGGAUGUCUCUCCCGGAGGCGAGAGUCCUGAAGGGUGCCUAUCUACUGCAAGGGUCAGAGUACAGUUUUGGUGAGAAAACUUUGACUUUGAAGGGGCUUCAACGCUUCCGUGGGAUCGCAACUGGGUGGUCUACGAUCGUGGGCGGCCUCAAAAAUGAGCUGAAGGCGGCUGAUGUCUUCUUGAGUGGUGUGGAUGGGUCCGCGAUCGUCAAGCCUCGAGUGGAGGAGGGCGCUACAAGUCGAGAAGCACAAGCAUGGGAAGAUCUUUGGGAUCUGUUCGAGGACUGCAGAUGGUUGUGCGCGAGAUCGGAGACGUGGGCCGAGAAGUUCGGAGGUGACAUCCGGGAGGUCUUGGUGCCGAUGGAGCGUUUGGCGCUGCCGGGACAGCUGAGGCAAGUGGUCUUUGUCUCGUCAGACCCAUGGCGAUGUGUGCAGGGAGGAGCUGGAGCAGCUUAA